UUUCCGGGUAAAGCGAAAGUAGUUUUCAGAGAAAUAACACAAGAUACAAGAUACAAGAUACAAGAAUUUUUAUUUAGAGUCCUAUAUGUUGUAAAGGAAACAUUAGCUCUGUAGAGCUAUUAUUACGACAAACAAAGAACGAGACACGAGACGAGAUGACAUAUGACCUGAAGAAUUACGGCCGUGGUAUGGCGUAUAUUUUUGUGAAUGAAAGAUAUAAAGGAACAGAUGACUUUUCGGAUAGAAGUGGUGCACAUGAAGAAAAAAAGAAUCUCAAAAGAUUGUUCCGAGAUCUGACAUUCAAGCCUCAAUUGUUUAAGGAUUUAAGCAAUGAACAGAUGAAAGAAAAACUGCGAAAAGCCUGCAGUGAACCACAGUUAAAGGAAAGGUCGUGUUUUGUGUGUGUGAUAUGCUCACAUGGAGCAGAGAAGACGUCUGAAGCAGUACAUACAACUGAUGGGAUUGACAAAGUCACGCAGCAUUACAUCGUGGAUGGCCAAGGAAAUGAGAUCAACACCAACGACAUCAUAGCAAUACUCCGUGACACUAUCGCCUUAAGGGGUAAACCAAAGCUCUUCUUUAUACAGGCAUGCAGAGAGGAUCGCCAAGUUGACCAGAUGAAGAAGUUUGAUUUCGGUGUUUCUGUAGAGUCGAACAAACAUCAGCAGAGGACGACGGUGCACAGCGGUGUGACAACAGACGGUAGUAGUACUGAUGAAAAGGAUGUCGUUACCAAAGGACAUGAAGUAGAUUGUAAGGAUGGUUCUGACGUCCCUGCUGACAAGAAUAGCAAUGCUACAGAACAGGAAGAUGCAAGUGUGACAGAUAGUGACACGGACACAGAUGACGGUCUGUCUGAUAAGGAUGAAUUCGAUACCACCGACUACGUCAAUGCUCGACGACAGAAGAUCAAAGAACGGCGUCAAAAGGAGGAGGCCAGGAAGUACAGAUUGCAAGAAAACGACGAGAUCGACGAUGACAUAGGCGAUAAGACGGGUAGACAUAUUACAGAAACAGAUUCAAAGUUCACACGUCCUAGUCGACAUAGAAUCGACACCACUGUUACGGAACCAGUUACUGUCGUGGCCAUCCCCUGUUAUGAUGAUAUGCUGGUCAUGUUUGCAUCGAAUCAAGGGAAAUUUGCUUUCCGUGACUCGUCUACUGGUGGACAUCUCGUCAGCAGCCUCUGUCAUGUUGUCAAUGGUUACUUAAUAAAAACUGGCCGAGGAUGUCUACAGAACACUGACUUCCUGUCAGUCCUGACUGAGGUGGUGGAACUGCAAUCCAGAACCUUCAAGGACGUCACAACUGUACCGGUCAUAUAUCACAAGCUCACCAAGGAUUUGUACAUCCCAAUUAUGAAACCAGUGACAUGGUUUCAUAAAUUAAAGACAGCUAUAAAGAAUAUGUAAUGCAGGUAUAAUUCUAACCGAAGUACAUGUAUAUAUCGGUUAUAUAUUAUGUGCUAAAAUCUUCACCUUAGUACAUGAUAAAAAAUAAAUGUUAACCAUUCAUUUAAAUAGACUAUUAACAAUAUGUAAAUCAAGUUAAAGGUUUUACAAUACGUAUCGUCUGUCAUAAUGGUGUAUUUGAAUAUAUAAUUUGAAGAAUCAAGAGAGGCACUGAGAUUUUGAGAACAUGUACUACAAUUAUUACACAUUAAUUAAAUGCAUUUUGAAAUUGUGGUGACUUUCGUAAAAAAAAAAUGUAUUAGGGGCAACACCUCUGAAUUGUUAAGCAGAAUAAAUACAUUCAUAGAUACAGAGUUGAGUAGACAGAAUCUUUAGCAAAGAGUUGAUGACCAGAAUAGUUCCAUUCGGAUGCAUUGCUUUAAGUUAACCUUUUCAAUAUGGACUUGGUUGUACAAUUGAGGAAAUAAUAUUCCUUAUUUUCUAAUACAUGACACUAACGAUAAGGCCUUUGGUCACGCGGAUAUUUUCUUUUGACCCGCGAAUAUUAAUAGAUAAAUACAAUAAUAUUCAUA